AUGUCACCAAGCUGCCCUCUUUUCCCCGGACCUACCCUGCCUUCACGUGCGCAAGCCGCCUUGGCAAUCACUAUUCUGCGGACAAAGCCUGCAAAUAUCACAAUCCGCGAUUACCUCCUGCGGCUUCGAGAGCACUGCAGGCCAGGAAGGCCGGCGGAGUCUCCAGAAGAGUAUGAAUACUACCUCGACCUUGUGGGCUAUUGGCGAGAGCAGUGUCAGAAGGCUCACGAUGAAUGCGAUCGCCUUCAAGGCAUAAUCAUCCGGCUUGAGAGAUCGAACCACCAGUUGUCCCAGCGAACGAAUACAUUUCCAGAAAAACUCCCCAGUGUAACCAGUACGGCUGUCCCCGCAAAAGCCAGCCCGGCCACACAUACACGUCCCAGUACAGCCAAUAAUGGAGCAAAGCGGCAUGCUCCUGUAUCACUCACACGGGCGCCAAAGCGUCCAAGAGCUUCAGCUACGAAAGCACCGGAACAGAGCAUUUCGCAAACUCAAGACGGCAUCGAGAGUGACUUCGAGUUCCUAGAAGGUCUGGGCAAUGACGGCAAAGUCCUCCUUGAAUCUCUAUAUACCACGCAUCAAUUGUGCAGGGCAUCAGCACCAGAUGCAGAAACACUGUGCCGGCAAUUGGUUCGCACAUCAACUGCACUCGCCAAGAUUAUCCGCCUCAUUGCUCACAAUCACGAACAUCUUUCACGGCAAGGGAGGAAAACUGCAGGUGCGCAGUCGCUGGGCGAUGAUAGGUCCGGCUUCUCGCAAGCCCUUACCAUAUCUGCUCGCGCGUUUAUGUCAGUACUUGUUGGAGUGACUAAGAUGAUGGAUGAGUCGAGCGAUGACCGUCUACCGAGCCUGGUCGUAUGCGAACUGGCCGAUACAUUCAAAGCUGGACUCGUGGCUAUCGAGCUAUCGGCGCAGCAUACGGCCGACGUGUCUUCUUCUGCGCCCGUUCCAACACAAAAGGGCAAAGUAAAGGCGCCUGUGCCGAAGGAAUCUUUACCAGCUCGUUCUAUGGCUCAUUUUCUCGUAGGCAUAAUGGGUCUUCUAGACAAGACCAAUGUCGUCCAUCAGAAGCUGUUCGAUGCUUUUGCCUUCCUCCUCUUAGAACGUGCAGGGAAGCGGCUUUAUUAUUGCACAUUCGGGCGGCAUCGUAGCGCCACCAUUGAAGAAGACCUCGCACCUCUUCCUGAGCCUUCUAAUCCUGCGGCGAAAGCCCAAAAUGAAUCCCAAGCAAUGGGUAUCCGCCGUGAGCUGAAAGCCCUAGUCUUGAUCCUUGAACGAGCAAUGGGCCUGGCUCCACACCACAUGAACCCUGCCAACGGCAAAGCAGCAAAGAGCCAAGAUUCGAAUCGCCUCUGUCGAACGCUGAGCAUGAAGACGUUGCCCGCGGCUCCGAAAGGCCGACUCAGUCCGCUCGCUAAGGAUCGACUGCAACGUACACUUGUCGCUUGCAUGUACGGGACCAAGCAGGACGAUGAAUUCUUGGACGUUCUCACAAAGCCAAUGCCGGCUAUGCGCAUCAGUACCUUGUCCAAUGUGGCAAAGAUUGACGAUAAAGACGUGGAACAAUGGUACAAAGAAGAGGUCUGGAGGCUUGUGGGAUGGGACAUAAUGGCCCGUGAGGGCGGAUGGUGA